AUGUCAACAGCACGUCAACGUCAAGGGAAUACCAAAAAUUCUUUCCAAAUUCACAAUGACGAGACAAAUCAAGAAGAGGCAAUGAAUGAAGAGGGCCUCGAGAAUGACGAAUCAAGAAUUGAAGAUAACGAGAGGCUGCAAGAUGAAGGGUAUUCGGAAGAGUCUGACGAAAGCGAUGAUGCUGUUGAUGCUGCUACUGCAGAGGAUAUCGCCAAGUUUGAAGCAACUUUCAAGGGCAUAAAGGAUCGAUUUCGACUGAUAAAUCGUAUUGGAGAGGGUACAUUCUCUACCGUUUACAAAGCAGAGGAUCUCUUAUAUGAGCAUUACGAUAAUGAUUGGGAUAUUGAAGAGAAAGAGCAUUCCGCAUGGACGUCACCGCCCGUGAAAAAAAGGAAGACCGGUGGAAUUCGAGAAGUCUUGGACCAAUAUAAUCAACAACGCCGUGGGAAAAAAUAUGUUGCUAUAAAGAAAAUUUAUGUUACAAGCAGUCCAACUCGAAUCCUCAAUGAGCUAGACCUCCUAAACGAUCUCCGAGGCUGCGAUUCAGUCUGCCCCCUCAUUACAGCAUUCAGGCAUACCGAUCAAGUAGUUGCAGUUUUACCAUAUUUCAGACAUACGGAUUUCAGGGAAUAUUUCAGGAAGAUGAAAGUCUCUGAUAUGCAGGUGUAUUUCCGGUCGUUGUUCACCGCCCUAAAGGCCGUUCAUGCCCAGGGUAUUCUUCACCGGGACAUCAAACCGACGAAUUUCCUCUACGAGCCGGAUAAGAAAAGGGGCGUACUUGUCGACUUUGGAUUGGCAGAGCGGGAAGAAGAGGAUUGCAAAUCUUGUCUGUGUACAAGAGAUUAUGAUACACGCAAAAGGAAGCUAGAGAAUAGUGUAGCCGUUCAAAAUUUGCCAUCGGCUGGCUACCCAAAACAUGAUAGUCGACCAUCGCGGCGUGCAAACCGAGCUGGAACUCGUGGCUUUCGGGCUCCUGAGGUGCUUUUCAAAUGUCAAGAGCAACGGACGAAAAUUGACAUCUGGUCUGCAGGAGUAAUACUUUUGACUAUACUUUCAAAACGUUUCCCGUUCUUUAAUUCGGCUGAUGAUGUUGAGGCAAUGAUUGAGAUUGCUACCAUAUUUGGAGUCAAGAGAAUGAAGAACUGUGCUUAUCUUCACGGGACUGUUUUUGAAACCAAUAUUCCUACGAUUGGCCAGGCUGGGUUCGCGUUGGAGAAAAUCAUCCUAUGGUCAACAUGUAGAAACGAUGGUGGACCAGAUGGGGCGGAACAGCCCUUGACUAAGGAAGAGAAAUUGGCCGUCGAAUUUUUGGAGCGCUGCUUGGAGCUCAAUCCGCACAAACGUAUUAGCGCGGAAGAUGCCUUGAAUCAUCCAUUCCUUCUGGAACCAACGCAAGAUGACAUCAAGAACGAAGAUUAUGAUGAGGACGAAUUAAGUAUGAUUCCAGCGUAA